AUGGAGAAGAAAAUUUCCUAUGUAUUAUUUGUCACCUUUUUUAUCAUAUCUGCGUUAGUUAUGAUUGAGGCACAAGGGAAUUUGUGCAGAGAUGGUCUAGGCACUUGUGAAGAUUGCGACCAGAAAUGUAAAACUAAGUACGGACCAUCAGGCCAAGGCAACUGCGACCGUAGUGUUGGAGUGGCAUUGUGCACGUGCUUUUACCCAUGUUCGCCUCCUUCGCCCCCUUCAACCGCCCACUUGCAACAGUGGAACUACUCUAUGCACUGA